AUGGAGGGGAUAAGCCAUAGAAUGGUGAAAGUGAAUGGCAUUGAAAUGCACAUAGCUGAGAAAGGCCAAGGUCCUGUAGUGCUAUUCCUCCAUGGAUUUCCAGAGCUUUGGUAUUCCUGGCGCCAUCAGAUUCUUGCAUUAAGCUCCCUUGGAUACCAUGCUGUUGCACCAGAUCUUAGGGGAUAUGGUGACACUGAAGCUCCAGCAUCAAGCUCUAGCUAUUCUUGUCUUCAAAUUGUUGGUGACCUUAUUGCACUUAUUGACCAUCUUGGGGUGGAGCAAGUGUUUCUUGUUGCACAUGACUGGGGUGCUGUGAUUGGAUGGUACUUGUGCUUGUUCAGGCCUGAUAGAGUUAAGGCAUAUGUCUGCCUUAGUGUUCCAUUCAGGCCAAGAAAUCCGAAGAUGAAGCCAGUGGAGGGCAUGAGACUUGCCUUCGGAGAAGAUUAUUACAUGUGCAGAUUUCAGGAACCAGGAGUAAUUGAAGCUGAGAUUGCAUGUGCUGGAACUGCAGAAGUGCUGAAGAAAAUAUUGACUGAUCGCAAACCAGGUCCCUGUCGCUUGCCUAAAGAAAAUCCAUUUGGAAUCUGUCCAGAGAAUCCAGCUACCCUGCCCUCUUGGCUCACAGAAGCAGACCUUGCUUUCUAUGCCACAAAAUAUAGCCAAAAGGGGUUCACUGGAGGGUUGAACUACUACAGAGCUCUAGAUCUGAACUGGGAGCUCACGGCACCAUGGACCGAGACCCAAGUAGAAGUGCCUGUAAAGUUUGUUGUGGGAGAUCUUGACUUGGUGUACACUACUCCAGGGAUGAAGGAAUUUGUAAACAACGGUGGAUUCAAGCAUUAUGUGCCAUUAUUGGAGGAAGUUGUUGUGAUGGAAGGGGUUGGUCAUUUCAUAAACCAAGAGAAGGCAGAGGAGAUCAUCAAUCACAUUUAUGACUACGUUAGCAAAUACUGA